GUGGGUCCGGGAAGGGCUGGCGCGAGCCGGGAGCGGCGGCGAGGGGGCGGGCCCGUGCGCGGACUCCAUGCGGGGUCGCCAUGGCGGAGCUUCCUCAGGUGCGAGUGCAGGAGGCCGUGGACUCCAUGGUGAAGAGUCUGGAGAGAGAAAACAUCCGGAAGAUGCAGGUGAGCAGCCCGAGGCCCAGAAAAGGCGCGCCCAAGGUGAAAGACCAGAAAGGCGAAGGCUCCCGGUCUCCCCGCUGGCCAGGUCAUGCCCGCUGCUAUUGCGCCGAACGCCGCUUCACACAGCGCUGGGGCUCAUGUUCCGGUGCAGCGCCAGCUGUUGUGACGACAGCCAGGCGUCCAUGCAGCAGGUGCACCAGUGCAUCGAGCGCUGCCAUGCACCUCUGGCUCAAGCUCAGGCUCUGGUGACCAACGAAUUGGAGAAGUUCCAGGUCCCCAGCUUGACAUAUGUCCCCAAGAAGAGUCCAGAAACACAGUCAAAAAGUGGAGAAUCUUCCUGCCCCGCGGGCCCGGCGUCGCGGCGGCUCCUUGGAGGCCCACGUGGAGGCCAGGGCACUGGUGGUGGCGGCGAAGCCCGGGCGGCCUCGAGAGGGCCUCACGCACAUGGGCCCGGCCCGGGCGCGGUGCCUACAGACGAGGGCUCAGCCGGCCGGUGGCUCGGGACCAGCUCGGGGCCGCGGGCGGUGCUCGCAUCGCUCCAAAAAAUUAGGAUAGUUUUAAAAGGAUCGCCUGGCCCGCUGCACCAUGCAUUGCAACGACAAAGCCAAAGAUUCCAUAGAUGCAGGGAGUAAGGAGCUUCAGGUGAAGCGGCAGCUGGACAGUUGUGUGACCAAGUGUGUCGAUGACCACAUGCACCUCAUCCCAACUAUGACCAAGAAGAUGAAGGAGUCUCUCGUAUCCAUUGGGAAAUAAAAGUCUUUGCCAGUGGCCA